AUGUCGAAUAACAUUGUGAAUUUUGUUGGUGCUUCUGUCAAACGUCAUUCUGAGUUAAAAUUAACCCGACAAGCUAAAAUUGAAGAAUUACUAGCUGCUGGAAGACUUGGGACAGCUAAAGGGGCUAAUCAAAUUCGUUGUUUGCAACGACCUGGAAGUAUUCGUUGGGGGUCACAUUUUAAUUCUAUUAGGAGUUUGAUUGAUUUAUUUGGUGCAACCAAGACACUUCUAACGGAUAUCAGUCAUAAUGGACCUACCUCACAAUUUCGUGGCGAAGCAGAAGAACUUCAAAGAAAAUCUCAAGACAUUGUAAAGGCUUUGAAAUUGAUUGCAAGUACAAAAAAGGAGCUCGAUGAGUUGAGAAAUAAUGGGUGGAAUGAUUUUAUACAGAGUGUGCAAUCAUUUUGUGAAGAACAUGAUCUUAACAUGCCUGAUAUGGGUGCCCGUCAUACAAUAGGCACUCGCCGUUCUUGUCAACAAAGAGAUUGUAUCACAGUUGAGCAUUAUUAUCAUAUUGAUGUAUUCAAUGAGGUAAUAGAUUAUCAGUUGGGGGAGUUAAAUACUAGAUUUCUAGAUGAGACUGUGGAACUCCUUUCUCUUAGCUCAGCAUUAGAUCCUCGUGAUGCUUUCAAGUGA